AUGUCGACUGUCACUCAUACUACCGCUAUCGAGCUUCAACCCAACGGCAUCGCUCUUGAAGAACGACAGACUCGACAUGCCCAUUCUGCUACUACAGACCAAGAUGAAGUAAUCCAAGCAUCUCUCAUCGCAGACUCUCAGGUUCCGGAUGGAGGUUACGGCUGGGUCGUCAUCUUCGGUUGCGCAGUGGUCACUUGGUGGUUUGUCGGCACAUCUUAUUGCUGGGGAGUGACACAGGCUGCUCUUGUCGAACGGGGACUGUCGUCUCCGUCGACACUGUCAUUCGUGGGGUCACUGACUACCGCUUGUAUAUCGUUCCUUGCCGUCCUCAAUGCGAGAGUCAUUAGGAAAUUGGGAUCUAGGAUCACAGCCCUUCUCGGGGUGUUGCUUGUGGGCCUUGGAGAGAUUCUCAGCGGAUUUGCUACGGAGAAUAUUGGCGGACUAUUCAUGACUUCUGGUGUCAUUACGGGAAUUGGAACCAGCCUAUGUUUUAUGGUUGUCUCCGUGACGCCAGCUCAGUACUUCAAAAAGAAACGCGGAGUGGCCAAUGGCAUUGUUUACGCGGGCGGUGGACUUGGAGGAGCGGUCAUCAGUUUUAUCAUGAAUAGCCUGUUAACAAAACUCGGACCAGCCUGGGCAUUUAGAGUCAUUGGGUUCAUUACACUAGGCACAGGCCUUCCUGCAGCUUAUCUCAUUAAGGAGCGCACCACCAUUCGUCCAAGUGCCUUCAUUGAAUGGAGAUUAUUCCGGGAUGUUCGGUUUGCAGUUCUCUUUGCUGCCGGGGCCGUUGCGACCUUUCCCCUCUUCGUCCCGCCGUUCUUCUUACCAUUGUAUGCCAACUCUCUCAAGUUGUCCUCCAGCAUUGGGGCAGGUCUAGUCGCCGCUUUCAAUUUCUCCUCUGCAAUAGGACGGUUGAUCUGUGGGUUCGGAAGCGACAGUGUUGGGCCGCUCAAUACACUGUUUGUCUCCCUCCUGUUGAGUGCUAUCAGCAUGCUGGUUCUGUGGCCUGUAUCAGAGUCACUUGGUCCUCUGGUCGCGUUUGUCAUUAUCAACGGUAUGGCCAACGGUGGGUUUUUCGCCACCAUGCCAACAGUCAUCGGAAACGUUUUCGGAUCUGCCAGAGUCUCGGUCGCUAUGGGCAUGAUCGUGACUGGGUGGGCUGGAGGAUAUCUCUUGGGUGCCCCUAUUGCCGGUUACAUACUGAGCGCUUCCGGUGGACAGCAGAAAGGGAUAGAGGCCUAUCACCCCGCUAUCUUCUACGCUGGUUCCAUGGCUCUCGGGGCAACAAGCCUCGUUGGGUUCGUGCGGCUUAAGACAGAUCGACACCUACUCAAGAAACUGUGA